UUUGUGGGUGUUCUUGGGUGUGUUUGCGGGGUGUGUGUCGGGGUGUUUCUGGAUCAUGGUGGGGGAGAUGGAAGCCAAGGAGAAGCCCAGACCCAGUCCGGACUACCUGAUGCAGCUGAUGAACGACAAGAAACUGAUGAGCAGCCUGCCCAACUUCUGCGGCAUCUUCAACCACCUGGAGAGGCUGCUGGACGAAGAGAUCAGCCGUGUGAGGAAGGACAUGUACAACGACACGCUGAACGGCUCGGAGCGGCGCAGCAGCGAGCUGCCGGACGCCGUCGGGCCCGUCGUCCAGCUGCAGGAGAAACUCUACGUCCCUGUGAAAGAAUACCCUGAUUUUAACUUCGUGGGGCGGAUCCUGGGCCCGCGGGGUCUGACCGCCAAGCAGCUGGAGGCCGAGACGGGCUGCAAGAUCAUGGUGCGAGGGAAGGGCUCCAUGAGAGACAAGAAGAAGGAGGAGCAGAACCGAGGCAAACCGAACUGGGAGCACCUGAACGAGGAUCUGCAUGUUCUCAUCACGGUGGAGGACGCGCAGAACCGAGCCGAGAUCAAACUCAAGCGAGCCGUGGAGGAAGUUAACAAGCUGUUGGUGCCGGCGGCGGAGGGGGAAGACAGUCUGAAGAAGAUGCAGCUGAUGGAGUUGGCCAUCCUGAACGGGACGUACCGCGACGCCAACAUCAAGUCCCCCGCCCUUGCCUUCUCUCUUGCAGCUUCUUCUCAGACUCCUCGCCUUAUACCUGGCCCCGCCCCCGUCCUGGCCCCGCCCACCGCCUUGCGCACUCCCGCCCCCGCUGGCCCCGCCCUCAUGCCACUGAUUCGUCAGAUCCAGACGGUGCUGCCGAACGGGGCGCCCCACCCGGGCGCGGCUGCGCUCGUCCCCCCGGGCGCCGAGUCCGGCCUGAUCUACGCAACGCCAUACGAAUACCCGUACGCUCUGGCGGCGCCGGCCUCCAUCUUGGAAUACCCCCUGGACUCCAGUGGGGUGCUAGGUGCGGUGGCCGCUAAAGUGCGAAGGCAUGACAUGCGAGUCCAUCCUUACCAAAGGGUCGUGACCGCAGACCGAGCUGCGACCGAGGACAUGCAUUUUACACAAAAAUGAUUCCACUUGACAUGUUUUUUAUGUUUUACUGUAAGCUUCUUUUUUAUUUUUUAGCUGUUGCAAAGAAAAUAGUAUUUACAUGGAGCUUCUUGAAAUAUAUAUAUACAAAUAUAUAUAUAUAUAUAUAAAUACAUAUAUUACAAAAAUCUAUAAAGCAGGAAUGUAUAUGAAAUGUCAGAUUUUACUUGUAUUUUGCAAAGAAAUAGCCAGAAGACUGUAGAGGCUGUUUGUAGGAGAAGACGUAUUCGCAUCAUAGCAGCUUUAUAGUGCCACUUUAGAAAUUUUCCUCUAUUUUUGAAUAUAUUUUAGGGCUUUAUACAGAAAACAGGACCUUUCCAGUGUUUAUAUGCAAGUGCAUUUUCUAUGAUGAUGAUGAUGAUGAUGAUGAUGAUGAUGAUGUCCUGUGAACUGUCCGUAGAGUUUUGAGUUGAGCGCUUUAGCUGCUUCGACCUGCCGUGGGUAGUCGCUCUUUAGCUCAAAAAAUAAUAAAAAAAUGUCUUGUUGCUUUGUA